AUGGCUCUAACGAUGGCGGAGAAUCUCGAAACCGUAAUCGAUAACGCCCAAGAAACGGAAUACUCCUACGAGCCCGAGGAAGACGACAUUGAUCUCUCUCUCCUCCGUCUCAACAGCUUCGGAAGCUCCUCCGAUCGCCGCCGCGCGAACUCGUCUCCUCCGCAGUUUCAAUCGUACGGAUCUUUCGGCUCUUCUUCGUCCACCGCCGCCACCAACAGUCCCGUGAAACGCCCCUCUCCGGAGUCGAAGGAAGCCGACGAGCCCAGGCGCAAGAAGCUGUUUCUCCCCCGACCUGAGGACGACGAGAAAAUGUCGAAUCUCAUGGGAUACUCGAAGGUUCCACUUCCUAUGGUUUGCAAUCCGACGCAAAUCCGUUCGUCUCCUCUUUACAGGCGAUCUCUCUCCGCUACAUUUGCUUCGCCCGCCGGAUCUGCAUUCGGGUCGGGUUAUAAUACCGGAGGCGGCGCCGCUCAAGAAACAGCACCGUCGGGUAACAAUUACGUCCCUUCUCUCCCGCCGCGUCCUCCGCUCUUCCGGAGGUCCGUCUCCGAUCUUUCGCCGGCUCCUUUAAAGGCUCUUCACGGAUCUUCUUCUCGCUCCGCUGCAAAUCCCGAUGCUGAUUUUGAGAUUCCAGAAAACUCUGAAGCCAAUAAGAUGCUGUAUGUGAUCAAAGACGGAGUUCGUGAAUUGGAUCAGUGGUGUAACAAGCUCUUGAAGUACGGUGAAGCAGUCUCUUCUGUGAAACAAGAUGAUAGUCCUAAGGCAGAGAUGGAGUUACAAGAAGAGGAGGAGCAACAGAGAGAGUGUAAAGAAGGCGUGAAGGUGGACAGAAUUGGUGAGGCAUUUGUGGUUGAGAUCAACUGUCCAUGUGGAAGAAACUACCGAACUCUCUUCUCAGGCCGUGACUGCUACUACAAGCUCCUGUAG